AUGUACGAUUGCAUCGUGUCCAUUUCAACAUUUAACGCUGGUCACUGGAUACGAGAAUGUAAACCAAUGGGGACAGUGGGAGUCGUGGUUACAGCCUAUUCAUUUGCGCAAUUCAGCGAAGAGAAUGUAUUGUCCCAGGUCGGUGCAGUAUUCGAGCCCGAAGAAGUCGAUAAUUCGGAAGAUUGGCCACAGGAAACCUGGUCGAUACUGGAAAAGCGCAAGAGCAACUUGGAAGGUGGGAGACUUAAAGGCCCCGAUCAAACCCGGCACGUGUCACAACGCGACCGUCGGAGUCUGAAUUUGCUGCGACACCAGCAUGCCCUGACCACAGACGCCCGGAUUGUGUUCGCUGAUGUGCCACCGUCGACCGGCUUUGCUGCAGAGAACCAGUAUACGAUACCCAGGAAGCGCAUGAAAGUGCAUAGACCAUCGUCGAAUGCCGACUUUGCUGCUGCCCGAGACAGCCGGCGCUUGCAGGGAAUAGACACCAACAUCCAAUGGUGGGAGGAUGAAGUUCCAGGACCAGCUCUAACAGACCGGAACUCACUGCUUCAGUUCGCGAAUAUGGCCUACAACGCUUACUAUGCUGAUAAUACGACAGACUGGUACGAUGUCGAGGGCCAUGGUUGGGAUAAGUCAUCACCAUGGGGCUGGUUACCUGGGGAAGAUGGGAUGAGAGGGCACGUAUUUGUGUCGACAGAUAACUCUACAGUGGUGAUUGCUAUCAAGGGUACUUCGGCUGGCUGGCUCGUCGGCGGAGGUGGUCCAAGUACGGGGAAGGACAAGCUGAAUGACAACCUCCUAUUCUCCUGCUGCUGCGCUCGUGUUGGUCCGACCUGGUCCACGGUCUGUGGUUGCUACCAAGGGUCGUAUAAAUGUGACCAGAGAUGUGUUGAAGGCUCACUCGUCGACAAAGAUGAUCUGUUCUACCCCGUAGGAUUGAACCUCUACAACAAUGUCAGUUACAUGUAUCCCAACGCAAAUAUCUGGCUCACCGGCCACUCUCUGGGUGGAGCAAUGUCCUCCUUGAUUGGAGUGACCUUCGGUGUUCCAGUCGUCGCGUUCGAGGCGCCCGCCGAGAAGCUCGCAGCCACUCGAUUACACUUGCCGUCACCGCCUUCCACGCAGCACGUCACGCACGUCUACCACACCGCCGACCCAAUCGCUAUGGGCAUCUGCAACGGCGUCACCUCAAGUUGCGCCCUUGGAGGCUUCGCGAUGGAAACUCGAUGCCAUCUAGGCCAAGUCAUACGAUUCGACACUGUGAAUCGUCUGGGUUGGUCGGUCGACAUUCGAACGCAUGGAAUCAAAUUUGUGAUCGACAAACUCUUGGGGCCGAAUUCGGAAUGGCAAGAAGAGCCCGAUACGCCGACGGAAGAGGAGGAGGAGGAGAGCGAGGAGGGGCUCUGGGCAUUAUUGGCUCGCUGGCCAAGUUGGGGAAGGAAGAUGAACCGUGCCCAUGGACCGAGCAAAGUUAGAGAAAUUCCCCUCCCUCGACCUGCUCUAGACGUUGAAGGGGAGGAUGGGGUCUGUUCGAAAUGGAAUACGUGCUUUAAUUCUUGGGAAAUUGGAACAUUGCACCGACCCGUCCGCAUGAUUGAUCAUUAUCCGAAGCCACGUUGUGGGACUGCGUGGGCUGUUCAGGACACAUAG